AUGGCUAUUCAAGCAUUUGGUUUAUCAUUAGAUCCAUUGAUGUGUCGAUUACAUAUUGAUGAUGAUUCUGAUAUAGCACAUAUUCCUCUCUAUGAUCAUCAAACUGUCGAUACAAUUGAUUUUAAACAAAAUAAUACAAAUCUUUGUUUAAAAUCUGGUCAAGCACUUAAAGAGAAUAAUAUUCUAAUUUAUAUUCUAUCUGAUCGUGAACCUAAUUCACUUGAACUUGUUGUUGAUCAAAAUAUGACAUUAACUGAUUUAUGGAAUUUAAUUAAACAAGAACUUCAUAUGGACAGUAAUGAUAAUGAAUAUCAUUUAUGUGAAGUUAAAACAUCAUUGAUAAAUGAUGGUCCACCAUUAAAUGAUUUUGAUCAAACACUGUUAGUUAAUGGACUUACAAAUGGUGCUCAAUUAAUCAUGCAAUCAGGCAGUGUUGCACCGAGAAAUCAUGUUCGAUUAAAAGUCUUUAAAAUUAUUAACAAAUAUUACAAACCAAAUGAAGCUAUUCAUACUCGACCUAUAUUCGAAAUGAUUGAAUUAGAGCAACGAUUUGAAUUACCAAUUAUAUCUUCAUUUAAUGUUCUUCGUGAAUAUAUAGCGAAAUUUAUUGAUUUUGAAGUUCCAUCGAGUUAUAUUAACAAUGCUAAACCAUUGGAAUUUAUUCGUCUUUAUGAUAUUGAAAAUGAUCAACCAACAUCCAUUGUACAUGAACCUAUUCCAACAACUCUAAAACAAGCUAAAGUACGCGAUUUAUGUUCAUAUGCUUUUGAGAUAUUACCUCAUCCUGAAUAUUUAGCAAAAAAAGAUUUACUUCUUAAUAUUGUUUAUUCAAAAGAUAAUAUUAAUAAUUAUUUUCAACAUAAAUUUGAACUUCAUUGGCCAAUACAAGACAAUACAACUGCUAAAUAUGAAUAUCUCGAACAUCACAUUUUAUCACAUUUUAAAUCAUUUAUCAACAAUAAUCUUUAUGACAAAAAUGAUUCAAAAGAAAUAAUUAAAAUAACAAUAGCACGUUACUUUCCAGAUCGAGGACAAUGGAUGAUAAUUGAUCCAUCAUUACUAACAAAUAAAAAAGUGAAAACAUCAAAUGUUAAUCUUAAACUUGAACCAUAUAAAUUAAUUGAUUUUACUGUUCUUGGUAUACUUGAAGGUGAACAUAUAACAACAGAGGAUUUUGAUACUUAUUUUGAUAAAAUAAAAAGACAAGAAAUGGAACAAGAAAAAGAAGAAAAAAGAAUUAAUCGUGAAAGAAAUCGAACUGAAAAUGAUCGUAAUCAACAAAAUGGAAAUAGUGGACGUCGAAAAUCACCACAAAAUACCAUGCGAAUUAACGUUGAUGAUUUUGAUGGUUAG